AUGCUGACACUCAGCUUGACGUUUGACCAUCGUGUUGUAGAUGGAGCACCGGCAGCACAGUUCCUACAAACAGUUUCUAACUAUAUUCAAGAUCCGUAUCUGUUGUUGGUGUGA